UCCUGUGACAUAUCAGGUGAUUUUGAGCAAGUAGGGGAAGUAGAAAACUUUCUAUUGUAGUAACCAUAUCUCCGAACAACGCAGACAGGAUCCAUUGCUUCAUCGUGUUACAAAGGAAGCUUUGAGUUUGAGGAAGCUGUGUGUCAUUCGGAUUCUUGCACUAUGGCAGGCGGCUCAGUAUCGGAGUGUAAGGAAUACUUGUUCAAAGUUCUAGUAAUCGGGGAGUUAGGUGUGGGGAAAACCAGCAUCAUCAAACGAUAUGUCCACCAACUCUUUUCCCAACACUACAGAGCAACAAUUGGGGUCGAUUUUGCGCUGAAAGUUAUCAACUGGGACAGCAAAACGCUUGUCAGGUUACAACUAUGGGAUAUCGCAGGUCAAGAGCGAUUUGGGAACAUGACACGGGUGUACUACAAGGAAGCAGUGGGGGCUUUCGUGGUAUUCGACGUAACAAGGGGCUCCACGUUCGAGGCUGUGUCUAAGUGGAAGCACGACUUGGACAGCAAGGUGAAACUGGCCAAUGGUAGCCCUAUCCCUUCAGUGCUGUUGGCUAACAAAUGUGACCAGAAGAGAGAGGGUUCCAACAAUACUUCACUCAUGGAUAACUUCUGUAAAGAGACUGGAUUCCUGGGCUGGUUUGAGACCUCGGCCAAGGACAACAUAAAUGUUGAUGAGGCAGCUCGAUUCCUGGUUGAAAAUAUUCUUCUGAACGACAAGGGUCUGCCAUACGAGGAAAGCAACGGUGAGCGCAUUAAACUGGACCAGGAAACGGUGGCUGCCGAGAGCAAGUCAGGCUGCUGCUAGCACAGAGUACACGCAACCACGUCUAACCUUUCCAUUCUCCACACACUGGCUCGCACCUCAGCCCAUGGGGACCAGAGGUCAAGGACUGGGUCUCCGAUACCCCACCUCUUCCCCUAUUCCCAUUAACCACUGAACCCCCCCACCUCCCCAAUUACCCUUCCGCCUCCAUCGUCUGUUGCAAUCGUCACAACAGGAGAUUAUUUCCAGGGAGGGUGGGUCUCUGCACACUCUACUGCAGCAAACUGACCCUGGGACCUGCCAAACAUCUCCCACCACCCACUGUCUUCCCCCGCUACAGUACAUGACCUAGUCGUUCUCUCUGAUGACCAUGCUACCAGGCUUUGGGUGUGAAAGACCUAAACAGCACGAGAAUGGAGGUGAAAUGGUUACUGUUACCGAGGGUGUUCCUUUUGUUUCACCUGUUGUCCGCAUCUGUUUCCUGGCCUUCGUUUAUCAGUCUUUUUGUCAGUGUUUCCUCAGAGCCAGUCAAGUUUUUGUGGACAUGACAUUAAAAGAGUGAAUAAGACUCAUAACAAAGUGGACUGUUUGGGAGUCAUCCAUUUUAUUGUCCUCACUGGUCAAGGUUGAUGUUAAAGGGUUCACACCAGAAUACAUGUAUGUUUAUCUGUGUCUGCAAAUGUGUCCAGCUCUUACAGUCUUUUUUUACAAUUAUGCUUGUAGCUGUUGUUUCAAAAUGGUGCAGAGAAUUGCUCAUUGUUUUUUUAUCUUUUUUUAAGAAGCCCUGAACAAAGGUUAAACAAAAGAUGUGCCAUACAGAUAAUUGCAUUUGUGUGUAUGUGUGUUUUUAUCAUGAUGAUCUGUUAAAUAGUUUCCAGUGUUCUUUCUCCCUGGCAGAGCUAGUCACAGAGAGGAAUGAAAAAUGACAACAUGAAGAAAAAUAACAACUCUGAGAUUAAUCCCAGAAACUUGAUGUCUUUGUAAUAGUAUGAAAGAGUUCAUCUGAAAUUUGUAUUUUUUUAACUGUUUAAUAAUGUACAAUUCCUGUUGAGGUACGAAAAAGUUUCAGACUGGGGAAGGAAACUUCCGUCAGCCCAGCAUUUGCAUAUCUUAAGCAUGUGUAAAUACUUUUUUAAACACAGUGCUUGGUUAAAAAUAUACUUUGAAACGACUAUAAUAACACAACAGGAAUAAACAUUUUAAUUCAGAAUACAUUAUAUUAUUA